AUGGGCCCGUCUCUGAGAGACGCAGCGUCUUACGCCCGUCCAUCGACCCGCGAUCGGCCUUCGACGCGCGACCAAAGCGAAACCUCGCUGGUCGUCCCUAGUCGCACCUCUUCACUUCACUCGCGCAUCACCCAACCAACUGCUUCUCAGAUGAACGCCAAACCCACUCAACGGACCCCUAAGACUCUCACCCAUGCCUACAUGGUCUGCGGUGUCGGCCGCGAGCCUUCCCAAUGGGUUCGCGCCCCCGCCCCCGCUCAAGGCAAGAUCGCCCACAUGAAGGGAGCCGUCAGUCAGUUCUGGUUGCCCGAGAUUCUGGGCAGCAGCCCCCGGUUAGAACAGGACAACGAGAUCGCCAAAUCCUUGCAUGCGGCCAUGAGGGCUUGCUUCCCCCACGAUGUCGAGAUUUGCACCGGCAAGACCCAGCCACACUGUGUACACCAUGCUUUUGUCCUGCAACAGGAUUCCUCGCAUACACUCUACGGAAUUGCGCUGCGGGUUUGGUCCCGCGCCGACGACAAACGCGCCGAAACCAUUCGCGAGUUGCGUAAGAAGACCGAACAGGAUUUCUAUGACAACCCAGAGGAGAUUUACUGGAUUCCCUACUGCUUGAGUUUCCUCUCUCGCUAUCCCUUGUACGAUCUUCUGGGCGACUAUCUGCGCGGCAUGUGGAUUCAUUGGAACAAGGCGACCAACCUCUUUCACGCUGAAGAGGUCUCGCGCAUCCUGAGCUUCCCCGCCCCUCGUCUGAACGACCUCGUCCGCAUCGAUAUGAAGGACUAUGCGCUUUGCUACCAAUUCCCCUCGUCUCCGACCGGUUUCCAGAACUUCUCCAUGUGGCCUCUAUUCACCUGUCUCUCCAUUCCCAACAUCGUUGGUGUCAUUGAGGCAGCUGUAUCACCUACUCGCCGGAUCAUCUUUGUCAGUCACUAUCCGGCCAUGCUCACGAUGGCUGCUGAAACCAUCCGGUACUGCGUUCGCAUCUACGAAUGGAGCGGUCUCUACGUGCCUAUGGUUCACGCGCGCCACGUCAAGGACUUGGUCCAGGAGCCCGGCCCCUACAUCCUUGGUAUCACCGCAGAGUGCCGCUCCCUCUUCAACGCUCCUUCAGAUGCCUUGGUCAUUGACCUCGACAAAAACUUUGUUCUGACGUCGAGCCCGCCGAGCGUUCUGAGCUCCGGUCAACGCACCAAGUUCAUCAACCGCUUGACUCAGGCUUUGAACGGUGAUGUCUCGCCGUCUGGUGUUCCCAAUCACCUGCGCUCCGCCUACGCAGGUGGCAAGCUCAUCCCCGCCGGUCAGAUCAUUGUCAUGCGAGGAGAGGUGGAAAGUAUUCAGGAUCCAUCCUGGUGGAACCAGGAUGCGAUCAUGAGUGUCAUGGAUCAUGUGUGCGAGAAAUUGGGACGCAACACUGGCAUGAAAGCGAUUUUUGGUGGCUCGGUCAAGAAGCCUCUGAUGACCAAGGUCUCUAUGAGACAUCUCAACGAGAUCGUGCGUGAGAGAAACCAAUACUCUCGGGAUGCCAUGGAGGCCUGGCAAGAUUUCAUCAACCUGAAGGGUCGCAUGGACACGGAACUGACCAAGGUCACUAAGCGCAACAACUUCUUGGUGGAGGAGCUAGAGACUUGGAAGCAACAGUUCCUCAAAUUCCAGGCCUUUGCCGAACAACUGACCAAGGAGACUUCUGAGCUCAAGGUCAAGAUUGAGAACCACAAGCGCGAAAAUCGUCGUCUUACUGGCCUCAUUGAUCAGCAGAAGGAUGAUGUGGCUCGUCUUACACUGCGCCUGUCUGGCACAGAAAAGCAGCGCGACGAUGCCCUCGAGGCGUUGGUACUGCAACAAGAAAUUGCCGAGGAAUUGGAACGCGAACGGAAGCGUAACCAAAAGGAGCUCGCAGCCCUCCAGCACAGCAACGCGUCCCUGGCUCGUCAGCGCGAUGACGCGCAGCGGGUGGUCCUGCACCUCCGCAGCCUUAUCAAUGGCCAGACCCACCACAUGGAGCAUAUCGUUCGCUCGAUUGGCAGCUCUGCUGAGCUGUCCGGACUCGCGGAGAAGGAGACGAUUGAGGAGACCAAGGAGGUCGAGGUCGAGGUCGAGACCCCCAGGGAGUCCGCAAGCUCGCGCUCAUUUGCUCCGGAGCCCGUGAAGACUCCUCUUAGCGAACCAAGCUCGGACCUAGAGCAACAUCUCCUCAAUAUUGGUAAAGGGCACAAUCGUCUCGCGCGUUUAAGUAUAACUGAUGUUGCAGAUCGCUACCUGCGCGACAAGACUGAUGCGAUCUCGGAUAUCAUCCGCAGCAUUAGCGAACAGUGCGCCGCCGCCGUGGAAGGCUUGCAAUUGGCACAGGAUGCCGAAGAUGAUGACAUUGAUGAGCAUGGUCGGACAACUCCCUCGGGUAAUCGCCUGAGACCUGGGGUCCACGAUGGACUUCUUACGCCUGCGGGAAGCGAAAUGGGAGACGGCGAUAACAAUUCGUUGCACCCAAACGACCGCCAUUCCAGCGUACCUCCGACGCCGGAUUUAAUCCACAACCGGUCAAGCACUUCAAUGUCGAUGAUUAGCAGCUCGACAUUCCCUGAGAGGUCGAGUCAGCAGUAUGGAAUCGGGGAGAUUCCAACUCGGAUAGUUGAGGACAACGACGAACGCGUCCACGAGACGCAGGACUUCGAUGAUCACUCUGACGCUGGAACAUUGUCGAAACAGGCCAGUGAGGAUCUCAUGCAGUCGAGCACGCCUAGACUGGUUGUGUAA